UUUGCCGAACUAAGACGAGCAGGCACUUGUCACUGAGCCCUUCUCUCCUUAAAUCAUGUUAUGUCGUAGAAAGUAAAUGUGGGCAUUUAUGUUACCUAUGGACUGUAAUGGCUGUACCCGGCAUCAUUCUCCUGGGAAGAUUAGUUGUGGAAUCCUUGGGAGAAUCAGUGAGCUCUUUGGUCUCAGAUUGCUGUAGUGAAAGGCUGGUUUUAAAUGGCUCAUGCCCUGCUGACCAAAGAUGCAGUCCAGGAUGCUUUCAGAUAUGGACCAGUAAUGGAGGAUCCUCCUGUAUUAAAUGUGCAAACGAUUCCAGUCAUGAAGUGGCUUAUAACCUUACAGAGUGCACAAAUAUUACCACUCAAGCACUGGAAAUUCAUAUGAAUCUCAGCACAACUCCAUCUGCUCCUCAUCACUUAAGCAAUCCUGGAAUAGCUGCAUCACUCCUGCUGGGAACUUUCUUCAUCAGCCUGUUCCUUGUUCUUUCCGUGGCCUCGUUUUUUUACCUCAAGCGCUCUCUCAUGCUGCCUGAAAUUUUCUACAGAAGUAAUAAAGCAUCCAUCUUGCAGCCCAGUGAAAUGGCAUCAAUGAUUCCAAAUCCAAGUUAUACAGGUCGGAAGCCAAGAUAUGUUAGACGAGAAAGGUCGCACAAAUCGCCUGCACCAGUGCUGCUUACUCCAUCGGCGCAUACUCAAGUGAGCAAUGUCUAGCCUACUCCAGGGUGUUGAGGUGGAAGGAUCUGGAAUGCACUGUGACCGUUCAAGAGCACUUAAGAUCAGCACAAUCAACAGAAACUGUGAAAAAUGAGCAUUUUGAAGUAAAACACAUGACUGAAGUGUUUGUCUGCACAAGAAAUAAAUGGCACGUUUUGGGAAGGGGGCGGCUCCAAUUUAUCUGCAAUUUCACUGUGUCAUUUUUUGAGGGUUCCUUAGAUUCAUGGCAAUACUAUGCUGGGUUAUCGGAUCAAUGGCCGAUUUGAAGAAUAUGCAGUUUUUGUUAACACAACCAUAAAAUGUUGUCGGACUAUUGUUGUUGAUGAAUUUCC